UCUCACCCUUUAAUUUAAGAAAAUCCUAAAAAUCCCGCCUUCCCAAAAUCAGGAAUGGUGUCUUCUCUCCAAAUCCGGGUGGGUCUCGGGCUGCCGGAGCCACACCGCAGCAGCUCAGUAGAUCUAAUAAAGCAGGUGCCGCCGCCGCCGCGCGCGUUAUCUUCAGCCAAGCAUCCCUUGCUAAGGGAGUCGAUGCCGAGACACGUGGCGGUGAUUAUGGAUGGGAACAGGAGGUGGGCCCGGAUGAGAGGUUUGCCUGUCGGGUCGGGCUAUGAGGCCGGGCUUGGGGCCUUGCGAAGGAUGGUUGAGCUCUCUUCCAACUUGGGGAUAAGGGUUCUUACUGUCUUCGCCUUUUCUUCCGAUAAUUGGUUUCGCCCUAAGGUGGAGGUUGAUGUCUUGAUGGCAUUGUUUGACAGAGGAUUAAGAGAGGAACUCCAAAAUUUAGUAAGUGCAGAUGUUAGGAUUUCAGUCAUUGGAGACUCAUCUAAACUCUUCAAUUCGUUACAGGCAUUGCUAGCCAAUGCAAUCGAAACCACCAAGAAAAACUCGAAACUUCACCUCAUCAUCGCAGUUAACUACAGUGGCCGGAGUGAUGUUGUGCAAGCCUGCCAAAAGCUCGCGGUUAAGGUGAAAGACGGAGUCAUUGAGCCUGGGGCUAUCGAUGAAGUUGCAUUCGAAAGGGAACUUGGAACGAAUUGUACGGAUUUUCCCCAUCCCGACUUACUAAUACGGACUAGUGGGGAGCUGAGAGUCAGUAAUUUCUUACUAUGGCAGUUGGCUCAUACUGAACUAUACUUCACUGAAUCACUUUGGCCUGAUUUUGGUGAAGAUGAGUUCCUGCAGGCCUUGAGUUCGUUCCAAGAAAGGCAGAGACGCUUUGGCUGUUGAAGCUUUAGUUUCUUGAUGAAACAAAUACCCUCUCAGUUUCAAUCUAAGUGGAGCAUUUCUUAUUCAAAAUGAGGUUUUAUUGUUUUGUAAGUCAAGUGAAGAGAAUAAAAUAUGAAAGAAAAUUAAAUCGAGAGGGUGAUGUUUUUGUUAUGAAAAAUGUGUACUCCAUCAGUCCUAAGAAUUAAGAUAAGCUAGUCAUUCUUUUUUGGGAAUGUCCCACUAUAA